AUGGUUGUCGUAUCCAAGCAUCUCGGUGGCUGGGAGACUUCGACCUUUGGCAGUGUUAUAAGAGAGCUAAAGGGUUUGAAAGAGGGUUUGGAGUGGCUUCGUUCUGAUUCUCAUAGGUUGGGUCCAUCCCACAAAGUGAUAAAGAUCGCAGAUAGAAUUGUGGAGCUAAAUCAUCGCGAGGAGGUAAUGUGGAAACAAUGUUCUCGUGUCACUUGGCUUACUGAGGGAGAUUGGAAUACCCAUUUCUUCCACCUUCGGUCAUCUCAACGAAGGUGGAGGAACAAGAUUUCCAAAUUAAAGAUGGUGGAUGGAAGUUUUACUAAAGACGAAGCGGUGAUGGCUUCCAUGACUACAGAGUUUUAUCGGUCCUUAUACACGGCAGAGGGGACAGCGGACACUGAUCAGCUGCUGGACACGGUGCCGACCAAAGUGACCGGGGAAAUGAAUGAUAUGCUAUUAAAGCUGAUUGGUCUAGAAGAAGUGAAGAAUGCCUGGUGCCAAAUGUUUUCGACUAAAGCUCCUAGCCCGAACAGCUUUCCAGCACAUUUUUUUCAGAAGCAUUGGGACCUUUGUGGCAUUGAGGUCACAACUGUGGUGUUGCGAGUGUUGCUUGGAGUUGAUGAUCCUGGAAAGCUCAAUAAUAUGAAUAUUGUCCUAAUACCAAAAGUGGAGAAUCCUAAUGAGCUAGGAUAG